AUGAAUCCUAAAAUCGGUAGUUAUCGUGGGGGUAGUAAGCAGGACAAUGAGCAGCUGUCGUUUGACGGUGUGCGGAUUUCUGGUGACGCCCCCGUCGUUGUCGGUUUUCUUGGACGGUUGAAGACCAAGGGCGUACUAAACCAUGAUGUGACGGUGGAUUUGAAUUUUGGGGCGACUCCGAAUCCACCUGCACCGAAGAGAGCAUUCAGCGAAGAUGGUAUGCAGGCCAAUGUCUCUGAACACAAGAGACAGAAACGGGAGCCUAUUGAUCCUGAUGCCUGUGGGAACUGUGGUGAAACGAAUCACAAAGCCGCGUUUUGCAUCACGACUGGCAGAUCCGGAUGGGUGGAAUGUUGUCCAAAAUGUGACAGUACCUUGCAUUUGUACGAGCACUGCGUCCAACGCAGAAAGAAAGAGGAUUUUAUCUUCUUAGUAUACAACAGACAGAACAAGCCCCCGAUCAAGAGCUCUUUGAAGCUGGGCAAUGUUAUCAAGAAAGAGCUCGUGCGUCCGCAUACGACAUUCCGCGAAUCUGAUCGCAUUGCUCUACCAUAUUCCUCGCGUUUCGCGAGACAAGAGGCUCGCCAAAACCCCCCAGCCACGUAUACAUAUGCUUAUGCAGGUAACCCUGUACGAGAGGCUGCUCUCCGCACUUCCCAACCCACCAGAGACGGUAUUACUCUUGCAAAUGCUGUCAACGAUAGCUCGUUCGCACUGCAGGCAUGGUCUCGAGCGGAGGAGACCUUUGAUCCGAGACGCGACGCACCCAUGCCCAACGUCCUAUACGGCCAAAGCGAGAAGAGUCCGAAACAUCCCCGAGUUCGUUCGAAGAUAUCGAAGAAUGCCGAGGAAGAAAGCGGGAGACGGGCCACCUUGGACUUUCCCCUCGAGCUUAGUCGAUAUCACUUUUGCGCGAAGUAUACUCAGAGCCCGAUUUAUGUGGCAAUUGUAGCCAAGGAGACCAUCUUGAGAAUGACUGCAGAGAGCCGUUUUCUGAAUGUGGCUCGGAGCACCACGUGGCCUACCAGGGUUUUCUUGGAUGGUCAUAAGCUAGGGUAG